AUGCAGCACAGUCUGGCGGCAUGGAGCGUCUCCGCUCCUGAAAUCACCAUUGCUCUCAACGCUAAGGGGACGCAGCUGAGGACAAAACCUUCCAAGUCCACCAUCCGACUCCGGAAUCGACUAGCCAACAAGAGCCCUGCAGAAGUGGACAACUUUUGGAAGCAAAAGUAUGCACGUUCUAAGUCAAAACUCAAGUCAAAAGUGCCUCAACCUACGGACGUCUCCUCGCAAACAGACGUUCCUACGGCCUCGGAUUUAACUUUGUCCCCAUCGCCUACUGCUACAGCUACAGCGGACCUUCAAUCACGCGCACCGACGCCCACACCGAAACCAACGUUGGAGCCGGGUCCUUCAGACGGAGUCGACCCUUCGACGAAACCUCUCGACGGGCCUUCGGAGGAUCAGGCAACGCCCGUUCUUGAGCAGGACCUUCAAUCACAUGCACCGACGCCCACACUGAAACCAUCAUUGGAGCCGAGUCCUUCAGACGGAGUCGACCCUUCGACGAAACCUCUCGACGGGCCUUCGGAGGAUCAGGCAACGCCCGUUCUUGAGCAGGACCUUCAAUCACAUGCACCGACGCCCACACUGAAACCAUCAUUGGAGCCGAGUCCUUCAGACGGAGUCGACCCUUCGACAAAACCUCUCGACGCGCCUUCGGAGGAUCAGGCAACGCCCGUUCUUGAGCAUGACAGUCCUCCUGCUUCUCAGCCAGGAUCACCUUCGACUACGCCCCUUCCCAGCCUGAGAAAUCCGUCCUCCACACGGUCCCCUUCCCCUACGUCUUCCGAUACAUCUUUAGGCGGCGACCGUAAGGCUUUACUCCAGUCACUGGCUGCACAGGCAGACAUUCUUCUAGAAGCAGUAGAGAAUUGGAGAAUCUCCGAAGAUGUCACCAAUCUACUCGACUCACGGCUGAAGGCAGCGUCAAAUUUGCUGAGGCAGCCGACUGGGGUAAAAAAACGUCUUGAGUUUCUGAGUCAUUUGGAACACAUUGGACGAGUCGUGGAUCAGAGCGCAUUCCUCGAGCGCUCACCUUUACAAGCAGUUCACAGCCAUGGUUAUCUACAUUCCCAAGAAAUAUUUGAAGCAGGUUGUUCUAUCCAUUGGCACGUUGGAAGACGCCAAAUUUUAGUCGGCCUGACGGGACUUUUGUCUGGAGUGCGGGAUUGGCUUUCGCAACCGUCGCCGACCUUGACGGCAAUUCUUAACCUGAUCAUCGAUAUGACGAACAACAAUUACAGUCAUGGGUUCAUGAAUGCCACCCAAGUGAAACGUUUGAAGUCAGGCAGUUGGCUGUCAGAUGACAUGAUCGACUACGCUUUGGGCAAUUUUCGUUGCGAGGAUGCCGUUGUGCACAGAGCAAGCAAGGACAUCCUCAUCUGCUCGUCGGGGCUUAUGCCUUGCAUGGCUCGACUCGCAAGAACAACUGUGGAUGUUGACAGCUUGGACGACAGCGACGACGACGACGAGAACUCUGGGAAGCUUGAUCAGGAGACAGUCAAAAGUUUGUGCGCUUUGGAAACAGUCUUCAACCGCAACGUCCUCAGGCAUAUUCGAAAGAUUAUUUUGCCUGUAUGCACAGGGGAUCACUGGAUCCUUGUACAUUGCAAUUUGGCAGACCUCGUUAUCGACAUUCUGGACAGCCGAUCCAAUAAGGUGCCCAAGAGGGCCCAAGGAAAGCAUUAUUCUAUAUACAUUGAACGCUUUUGUCUUUGGCUCAAGAUGCUGAUUGAUAAGUAUGUUCUUCCGUUUGAGGAUCCAGUGGAAAACUCCACACUGUGGACCCUGAAGACUCCCUUCGCUGUGGCCAAAGCUAAUUGCAAUGUUCACGAAGACUUCCCUUACCAGAAGAAUGACAACGACUGCGGUCUGUACGUGAUCAAGUUCGCAGAGCACUUACUGAACGGAGAGACAAUCAACCACGACGACGUUCCCAGGCUCAACUACAUCUUCACCUGA